AUGGCUGAAUUCCCUUAUUCAUCCCGACUCGAAAGAGUCCUCGGCUACCUCUUAAAACACCAGCAUCAACCAACAACGCAUACCGAAUGUCAAUGCACCCACCAUCACAAUCCCGACUGGAUAUUCGACGCAGAUACAUGGUCCCAAAUUGAAACCCUUCGUCGAAUACUAUGCCAGCGACCAGCACUGCCCAGACUUCCCACAGAUAUCUUGGAAGACAUCGAUGCAGUCAUUACCUACCGAAACAGCCACAGCCUUUUUACCUCGACAAGGUCAAUUAUCCCCAGCAUCACAAUUCAAGCCCAAAAGCCGGAAUCUAGUUCUGUUAGAAUAUCAUGCUGGAAAGGCGAUAUCACCACCUUAACCGAUGUCACAGCGAUCGUCAAUGCAGCGAAUUCCCAGCUCGUGGGAUGUUUUCGUCCUGAACACCGCUGUAUCGAUAAUGUGAUUCACUCCGCGGCAGGGCCCCGACUUCGCGAUACGUGUCACGAUAUUAUCGAGUCGCAGGGGUAUCUAGAGCCUGUUGGUUCUGCGAAGGUCACGCCGGGAUAUCUUUUACCAGCAGAAUAUGUCAUACACACCGUGGGCCCACAGCUACACCAAAAAGUGAAGCCACAGGCACACCAACAGGCUCAACUUGCAUCGUGCUAUCAAUCUUGUCUCGAUGAGGCAGAGAAACUGCCUCCACUUGAGGAUGGCCGAAAGGUCAUUGCCUUUUGCUGCAUCUCAACCGGUGUCUUCGCGUUUCCAUCUGAUAUGGCAGCGAAAAUCGCCGUGGAUGCUGUGCUUGCCUGGUGUGCGUCGCAUCCGGACAACAGUAUCACGGAUAUCAUUUUCGAUACCUUCCUCGAUAAGGACUGGACUUUGUACAGUGACAUCCUAUCCAAUAUCCAGAUCAGCCGUUCCCAGACGAAUAUCAAAAUCACCAAAGAACUCACCCUCCCCCAACAAAUCCCCCCAAAACCACAACUAUCCCCCACCCUCCUCAAAGCCCACACCUGGCUCAACCAAGCCACCACCCUCAUAAUCACCGCCGGCGCCGGCCUCUCCGCCGCAACAGGGUUGGACUAUACAUCACCCACCCUCUUCGCAAAACACUUCCCCGCCUUCCUGCCCAAAGGCCUCCGCAAACUCUACGACGUCUUCGGGUAUACAGGCUGGGACAGUCCUGCCCAGAAAUGGGGGUACUACUUCACGCACAUUGACAUGGUGCGUCGGUGGCCUGAAUCACAGUGCGGUGUUUACCAUGCCCUGCGCGGGUUAACGGACCGCUUCGGUGAACGCUGGUUCGUGCGGACGAGUAAUGGGGAUGGAUUCUUUGUGAAGAAUGGGUUUGAUGCUGGGAAGGUGGCGACGCCGCAGGGUGGGUAUAGAUUCUUGCAGUGUUUGCGGAAAUGUAGACCCGGUGCUGUUGUUGAGACGGGGCCGUUGGUUGAUGCUGCGAUGCCGAUGGUUGAUCCUGUUAGUCAGGUACUCAUGGAUGAAAGUAUGAUACCGAAGUGUGAAUUUUGUGGUGGGGAGAUGACGCUUUGUGUACGGGGUGGUGGAUAUUUUGAUGAACGGCCGUGGCGGGAGAUGGAGAGGAAGUGGGAGCGUUUUUUGAAGGAUGAGAUAUCAUCGUCAAAUUCUGGUUCGGUGGUCAUAUUGGAGUUAGGGGUGGGAUUGAAUACGCCUGCUGUGCUGCGGUGGCCGAAUGAGGAUCUUGUGUCUAAGUCGGAGAGGAGGCAGUUUCGGCUUAUUCGGGUUGGGAUGGAGGCUUCUGGGUGUGUUCCGUGGGAAUUGGAGGAAGAGGACCUCGCUGUGGGGAUUUCGGGGGAUAUUGAGGCAGCUUUGGAUGCUUUGAUAUCCUAA